UGUGCACUUAGGUAAAGUACCGUCAUUUAUAUCUUAGAAGGGGUUACUCAUCAGUCGACAUCUUAGAAAUUGACUAAGACAAAACAGUGCUGCCAUCAACGGAAGUUUGACAAACGUAUCAAAACAUUAGCGUUCUAAUUUCUCUAGUUAUACCCACGAGCACCAUACAGUUCGUGCUUACAAGUUACGUAGCUGGUCGGAGCCGACACAGGGCUGCUUUCUGGGCUGGGGCAGUUCUUUGUCCGAGUAACAAGGUGUGUGUGUCUAUCUCCAGCGGACAUCCAAAUCAUGCAUUUGUUUGGAAUCUGCAAACGGUUCUACUGAAACGGAAAGUUUUCUUAAGCGACUGUUUUAUCAAGACUCUAAGUCAUGGAUGUUUAAUGACUUUGACAGUCAUUUAAACCAAACGUACUGGAAGAAAGAAACUUCUGAUAUUUUACAAUUUGACCAUGAACCCAAAUGGUCAGUCAGCGAUGUCUCCUGGAGACCAAAGCGCAGCCAUGAUGGGAAUGAUGAACCAUAAUCAUCAUAGUGGAAGCCCGAUGAUACACAUGCAGCCUCAACCUCACUCAACACAAAUUCCCACCACUACAAAUACUAGCGGAGGGCGGUGCUGUGCUGGAUGUGGCGGAAAAAUCAUGGACAGAUUCCUGUUACAUGCCAUGGACAGAUACUGGCACACGGGAUGCCUGAAAUGCUCGUGUUGCCAAGCAACUUUGGCUGACAUUGGUAGCUCAUGCUUCACAAAGGCAGGGAUGAUCCUUUGUAAAAACGAUUAUAUACGGAUGUUUGGUAACACCGGUGCCUGUAGUGCUUGCGCUCAGGUAAUUCCCGCCAACGAGUUUGUCAUGAGGACCCACGGGAACGUUUACCAUCUGAAGUGUUUCUCUUGCGUUAAAUGUCGCAAUCAACUGGUUCCAGGUGAUCGUUACAACCUUGUCAACGGAAGCGUCUUCUGUGAGCAGGACUGCCUGAAAAUCCUUAAAGGUUCGGUUUCAACAGGAGGUGUGCGGAAGGGAAAAGUUCGGGCCAACUCAGCCAUCAAAGCUGUGUGAACGCGUGGUCUUGUUUUCUCUAAGACAAGCGGCUACAAUAGUAGCUACAAACAAUACACAAGAGACUUGAGCCGAUACUAAAAUGACUGUCUGUAUAUAAAUAUAUGAUUAUCUGCUAGAGAUAGAAAUGAAAUCGUUAACGUUUCCUCCUUAUCACCAGAAGGCUCUCUUCCGCCUUUUUUUUUUUUGUUGUUGUUUUAAUCCUCCAAGCAAUCUUAAUGAACAAAAAAAGUUGAUUUACUUAACUCUUAUCACAGAUUGUAAAAAAAGAAAAAAAGCUUUUUCGGUAAUCACGUGCGUUUUUGUCUGUGCCAAUAAAACCAUGAUGAUUUUUCAGAGUUUCACGUGGAUCAAAACUAGAAGAUUAUGAUGAGCUAUCUGGUGGUUUUAUCAAAUAUGAAUAGCUUAUGAAUUUAAGGCUAAAGGGAUUAGUGAGUAUCACUGUUGUUUUGUAAGUAUGCCUGAUUUACAAUAAGCACUUUGUAGUUCUUGGGCACAGUUCAAAUCUUUAUUGUUUAAGGACCAUAAGUUAAA